AUGGCACAUAACACGAUCAGUGGAAUAAUUUAUGAAACAUGUAACACCAUAUGGAAUGUUUUUGGACAAAUACAUAUGCCUUUCCCGACGAAAGAUAUGUUUUACCAGAUUACUCACGAUUUCGAAAUACUAUGGAAUUUUCCAAAUUGUAUCGGGUGCAUCGACGGUAAACACAUCCGCAUAAAAUGUCCAAAAAAAACUGGUUCAAUGUUUUAUAAUUAUAAAAAUUAUUUUUCGGUACAUUUUCAAGGAGCGUGUGAUGCAAAAUAUAAAUUUAUUACAGUGGAUAUAGGAGCAUAUGGAAAACAGAGUGAUAGCGGUGUAUUUACUGAGUCUAAUAUAUACAAUUAUCUAGAAACAAAUUCCUUUAAUGUACCGCCCAACAGACCACUUCCAAAAACAAAUAUUCCAUUGCCUUUUGUUUUAUUGGGAGACCAAGGAUAUCCACUAAAAGAAUAUUUGAUGCGACCAUAUCCAUGCACCACAAAUUUAGAUCCAGAAAAGGAAAUUUUCAACUAUCGUCUUAGUCGAGCCAGGCGUAUGAUAGAAUGUACAUUUGGUAUAUUAGUAUCAAAGUGGAGGUGUCUAAAAACGGAAUUGCAAGUAAAUGAAUAUCACGUAGACACACUAGUUAAAUGUAUCUGUUUAUUACAUAACAUAAUUAUCGAUCAGGAAGGGAUUGAUGAUACGUUACUUGUAAAUAUUCAUCAAACAAAUGUAGAAAUUGAUAUGUCAAGACGGAACAACCGCUCUAAGACUGAAGCCUAG